AUGAAAACAACAUACCUUUUUCUUACAUAUCUUUCUCUCAUAACACUGAGUCUAUGUUUGUUUCCUUCAAGAGCAACAACAAGUGAAGCAGAGGCUUUGAUGAGAUGGAAAUCCAGCCUAUCAUCUUCUGCUUCUCUCGACUCUUGGUCCAUCAACAACAUCAGCAACCACUGCAGAUGGAUUGGCAUUCACUGCAACGACGAGGGAUCUGUCUCUGGUAUUGAUCUCUCCGGUGCAGACCUUGCAGGGACAUUGGACCUGUUCCAUUUCACUGCAUUGCUGAAUCUCACCACUUUUAACCUCAGUUGGAAUGCUCUCAACGGUUCCAUACCAGCUGCUCUUGGCAACCUCACAAGCCUCACUCUCUUGGACCUCUCCACCAAUCUGUUUUCGGGCGCCAUUCCACCAGAGAUCGGCCGCUUGACAGAGCUUCGAUACCUGAGCAUCUCCUACAACUCUAUGGAUGGAGAAAUCCCAUAUCAGAUUGGCAAUCUGAGCAAGGUGCGCUUCUUGGAUUUGGGCGUUAAUCUCUUUGAAACUCCUGACUGGUCUCGAUUUCCCACUUUCCCUUUCCUAACACACCUUAAUCUCUAUCUCAAUGAACUCACCUUGGAAUUCCCACACUUCAUAACCACAUGUCUCAACCUUACUUUUCUUGAUUUGUCACAAAACAACUUCACAGGCCAAAUUCCUGAAUCAUUGUUCACCAAUUUGGUUAAACUUGAAUAUCUUCACCUCAGCAGCAAUGGUUUUCAAGGCCCCCUGUCACCAAAUAUCACUAACCUCUCCAAGUUGAAGGAUCUUAGCCUUGCCAACAACUUAUUCUCUGGCAACAUUCUUGAUUCAGUAAGCCUUAUUCCAAGCCUGCAAAAUCUAGAGCUGUACAAUAAUUCAUUUAUAGGAGAAAUCCCUCCUUCUGUAGGCCUACUCACGAAUAUCCAAAGACUAGAUCUUCGAAUGAACAACUUCAAUUCCUCCAUUCCCCGAGAGCUCGGCCUGUGUAACAAGCUGACCUACUUAGAUUUAUCCCUGAAUUCACUCUCGGGGCCAUUACCGCCAUCCUUAUCAAAUCUGGCCAAUUUAUCUGAGUUGAGACUAUUUGGGAAUAGCCUGACUGGUGAAAUAUUGCCACGUUUCAUUACGAGUUGGAGAAAAUUAAUCUGGCUAGCAAUCGAAGACAAUGAAUUCAGUGGGGAACUUCCAUCAGAAAUAGGCUUGCUCACAAACCUCGAUUAUCUGAAUCUCUCUAAUAACUCGUUUUCAGGCAGCAUCCCACCAGAGAUAGGAAACCUACAAAAUUUGGAUACGCUAUACCUUUCAACCAAUAACUUUUCAGGUCCAAUACCAUCCACCAUUGGAAAUCUUUCAAGUCUGGGUUUCUUAUAUCUCUCUUCCAACAAAUUAAAUGGUCCAAUACCAUCCACAAUCGGAAAUCUUUCAAAUCUGGAGUUGUUACAACUCUCUUCCAACAAAUUAAAUGGUGAGCUCCCAUCAUCCAUCUGCAAGUUGCCACACCUUUUUGAUCUUCUUCUCUCAAAUAAUACUUUGGAAGGAAGACUGCCGCGGUGCUUCCGAAACUUUAGCAGAUCAUUGACCAUCUUUCACCUAAACGAAAAUCAAUUUAGUGGCCUCAUGCCAUCCACCCUUUCUAAGAAAUGUAAUCUUAUGUCCAUCAAUUUGGGUAGUAACAAAUUCCACGGACGAUUACCUAAAUCCUUAAUCAAUUGCCGAAGGCUAAGGGGUCUCGACAUUGGAAAUAAUAGUAUACAAGACGAAUUUCCCUUUUGGAUGGAACGCCUUCCCAAGCUUAAAGUGCUAGUGUUGAAGUCUAAUAAGUUUGAUGGCAACUUAUCACUUCCUUCACCAACGAAACUUCCAUUUCCUAUGUUACAAGUUCUAGAUAUAUCUCAUAAUGCAUUUGUAGGCUCUCUGCCUGAAAGGUAUUUCAAGAAUUUCAGAGCAAUGAUAGAGGAAAAGCAUAGAGAGGGCACAAAGAGUUUCUAUGACACAAAAAAAAAACGAGGUUGAGACAACUAUUAUCUAUAUUUUGUGGAUAUGAUAGUCACUUUGAAAGGUCAAGAUCAGUUAUUGAAAAGACUACUUGAAACCUUCACAACAAUUGAUUUGUCCUCCAAUAAAUUCUUUGGGAAUAUUCCACCUUCCAUAGGAAAUCUUAAGAUUCUCAAAUACUUGAACCUAUCACACAAUAGCCUCAUAGGACAUAUACCUUCAUCUCUUGGAACCUUGAGUGAACUCGAAUCGUUGGAUUUGUCAACAAACAAACUGGAUGGAGAAAUUCCAAGUGAAUUGACAAGGUUGACAUUUCUUGCGAAAUUAAACCUUUCAAUAAACAAUCUUGUUGGGAAAAUACCGCGAUCCAAUCAAUUCUCCACAUUUGAGAAUGAUUCAUAUAUGGGAAACUUGGGAUUGUGUGGACUUCCAUUGACAAGAAAAUGCAAAGAUGAUGAUGGGCAAUUGAUGCAGUCUGCAGAAGAAGAGGGUGAUGAUAAAUAUGAAAUCAUAGAUGGAUUUGGUUGGCGAUGUGUUGUGAUGGGAUAUGGAAGUGGAUUCGUAGUUGGGAUUGGAAUUGGAUACAUGAUUAUAAGGAGUGGAAGGCCAAGAUGGUUAGUGGAAUUCUUUUUUGGGGUUGGUUAUACAUAUAAGACGAAGAAAAGAAACAACAGAGCUGCACUAACACAAAGGGGAACUUAGAUCUAAAGAAAAAAGGAGGGUUGUGUGCUUUCCUUGUGAUUAAUUUGGGACUCUUUCCUUGGUUGUUUCGAAUUACUUUUUUUACGUUUUUGGAUUUCAUGAGAGCUUGUGUUCGAGUUGUGUUUCUACUUCUGUGGUUGUGUUCAAUUUCAAAUUUGGAGUUGUUGCAGUGUAUAAAAUUAUGUUAAGAAUUAAAGUUAAUUUAUGUUGUGUAUUUUGCAAACUAGUA